UGGCGGAGAGGAGAGAGGCAGCUGAGCCAACAACUUCCACACUCCCAUUUGUUGCUCUCCUUAAACGAUUCCGCGAAUUCGGUUAUUGAUUCCCCUUCUCUCUCUAGUGGUUAUUAUAUCAUUAUUCAACGGUUGCCUCCGCUGGUGACAUUUUGAGCUGGAGCGGCAGCUUGUGGAUAUGGUGGUGGCACACUUGUGUAUUUGUGUGUGUAUGUGGUGAGCGCGUGUGUGUUAGUGUGUGUGUGUGUGUGUGUAUGUGAUUUUAUGUCCUUUCGCGAUUCAGCUGCGAACACAGAGCACAGUUGUCGGUGUGGUCUCGGCCCAUACAGUCAUUGGUCUCCGAAGAGGAUCACAGUCGCGCUUUUCUUGAAAAACUCGAGCUCUAGGAAGGAUAAAGACGCCGGAGGCGCGAGCUGAUCUUCAAGGUGUUGUUUGGCAAGAGAAAGAGCUCGAGAAUGUCCUUGUAUGAUUGGAGCCAAGUCUUUCCCGGUGUUUGGAGCACGGAAUUACCCCCGUGUUGAACUUGUUGCUGGUUCGUUUCAACCACUUUUCCAAGGGGAGAAUAUUCUGCAUACUUCUGUGUGCAGAGAGGAUUGUUUUAUAUUAGAAAGAGAACGGAAAUCUUUAUUUUUCAAACCAGUCGCUUUUACGCAGAGAUGUCCUCUCGCCGCGCUGUGGUUCUGUGAUCGCCCACCGGAGAGUCGAGAGCUCUUCACCGAGACCGGGUCGCACACAGUGGGUCACCAUGGCAGCGGGAGUGGCGGCGUGGUUACCAUUCGCCCGGGCGGCUGCUAUAGGAUGGAUGCCGGUAGCCAGUGCGCCCAUGCCGACGCCUCCACCUGACAACCGGCGAAAACAGGACGGGCUCAUCUUGCUCAAUGUCAGCGGUCAGAAGUUCCAGACGUGGCGGAAUACAUUGGAGCGGUACCCGGACACUUUACUGGGCAGCACGGAGCGGGAAUUCUUCUUCCACGAGGAGACAAACGAAUACUUUUUCGACCGUGACCCGGAUAUUUUCAGACACAUUCUGAACUUCUAUCGUACCGGGAAGCUGCACUACCCGCGCCAGGAGUGCAUCUCGGCCUACGAUGAGGAGCUGGCCUUCUUUGGGAUCAUACCGGAGAUCAUAGGGGACUGCUGCUAUGAAGAGUACAAGGACCGGCGGCGGGAGAACCAGGAGAGAAUCCAGGAUGACGAGGACAGCGAGAACCAGAACGAUAUGGUCCCGCCGGAUAUGACAUUCCGAGAAACCAUGUGGCGGGCCUUCGAGAACCCCCACACGAGCACCAUGGCCCUGGUGUUUUAUUAUGUCACCGGCUUCUUCAUUGCUGUUUCCGUGAUGGCCAACGUGGUGGAGACGGUCCCGUGCGGGACUUUGCCAAAUCGGGUCAAACAGGUCUCGUGCGGGGAGCGGUACGCCUUGGCAUUUUUCUGUCUGGAUACGGCCUGCGUCAUGAUCUUCACGGUGGAGUACCUGCUGCGUCUAAUGGCGGCGCCCAGCCGCUGGAACUUCAUCAAGAGCGUGAUGAGUGUCAUCGAUGUGGUGGCCAUUAUGCCCUAUUACAUCGGCCUGGUCAUGACGGACAACGAGGACGUCAGCGGGGCCUUCGUCACCCUGAGGGUCUUCCGGGUUUUCAGGAUUUUCAAAUUCUCCCGCCACUCUGCGGGGCUGCGCAUCCUGGGCUACACGCUGAAGAGCUGCGCCUCGGAGCUGGGCUUCCUGCUCUUCUCCCUCACCAUGGCCAUCAUCAUCUUCGCCACUGUCAUGUUCUACGCCGAGAAGGGCUCCUCAGCCAGCAAGUUCACCAGCAUCCCGGCCGCCUUCUGGUACACCAUCGUCACGAUGACAACUCUGGGCUGUUGACAUUCACACCGAGGUAGUUGGCAGGAAGCAGAGUCUUUGCCCAUCCGCCGAGCUGGAAGAUGUCAUAGUGAAUCAAUCACCGCACCACCUAUCCUCAUCCGCAGCGACACACCAGACCUGACGAGACACACUCCAAGAAGCCUCGCUCACACCUCUCUCUCUCUCUCUCUCUCUCUGUGCACCUGCCAAAGCCUGGCCAUUAGAGCCACAUCAGUAUGCCCUAAACGACCUGUUAGUUUAACAUGCAGAAGUCUUGCAGCGAGCUGGAUGUUGUCUCCAUUUGAAUGAGCUUGGGAUUAGACUAAUGGUAUGUUAUCAACCAGAGGGCUUGCUAUUGGACUGCUGUAGUUCAGUUCACCUCUCUGACCCAACUAGGGUUACAAAGAUCCUGGUAAUUUACUAAAGUUAACGUAAUCUUAAAUCAUUUUAGUACUUAACAGAACAUCUAUGGCAGUCUAUUAUAACUUUGGUAAUUUAUACUGAAAAAACGUAUUCAUAUAUACCGUAAUAUUCAUGUAUUAUGUCUGUGCCCAUAUUAUUCAUGAGUUUCUAGUAGAUGGACCGUAUGGUUCAAGAGAAAUGUCCUAAUAAUAAAAGCAUCUAAUCAACAAUGACGUUAUUUUCAAUUCAUUCUGUAACUCUUCCAACUACCAC